AUGGCUGCAAGAUGUAAUAUUAGUGUUGGUACUGCUGUUAGUAUUAUUCGUGAUAUUAUCCAUGCAAAAUGUCGUAAAAAAAGGCCGGUGCAUCGUUUAUAUCCAGCUGUCAUUGAAAAGAGACGAUCUCGAGCUUGGCGUAUGUAUCGUCGAUUAUGCAAUGAAAAAUAUAAAAAUUAUGUAACUACUGACGAAGCAUGGUUUUACCUCGACGCAAGUCAAGGUGUUAGAGAUAUAUAUUAUGUCAGAAGUGAUGGAUUACCAGAAGAAGUUAAAAAAAUCGAACGAAACGAUUUACAUCCUGUGGCUGUGCUGGUUUGGGCCUGUGUGAGCACACAUGGUAAGACUCAGUUACAUUUUGUUGAACAUGGUUCAACAAUUACCAGUGGAUACUACAUUGAACAUAUAAUAGAACCAUUUAUUAAAUUUGAUAUUCCUCGUUUAUUCCCUGGUGAUACACAAAAGAAAAUGAUUCUUCAUCAAGAUAGUGCACCAGGUCAUGCAGCCAAAGGGACACUUAGUUAUAUGAAAGAAAAGAAAAUUCAAGUUAUAACACCUACAGAGUGGUUACCUAAGAGUCCAGACGCUGCUCCGAUGGACUAUUCGAUUUGGGGUAUUUUAAAAGAACGGGAGUGGGCAAAUCUUGAACAGGAUGUAAUCGACCAUGCUUUGGAGAAUUGGCCAAAGCGUUGUAGAUUAAUUUACUAUGGUCAUGGAUCACAUAUCGAACAUCUAUUACAAUAA